ACACCGUAAGUGUGAGGUGGAAUUGAUGAAAUAAGGUUGGAGAAGGUUUGACAAUGUUACAACUUGUAAAACAAUGACCAUAUAUAUGCUUUAUUUAUAUCUUCACACGCGCCUCUGAGCUAAGCAGAUGCAUCAUCAACACUAACAUCUCCUUCCCUAUAAAUACCGCCAUUCCACCUUCUGCAAAAUAAUCGACUCACUCUCUCAGUCUCUCUCCAUUUUUUAACAUAUCUUUUACAAACAAUUAUACAUUUUAAGAUGGCCAAAUCACCCGAAACAGAGCACCCUAUCAAGGCCUUCGGAUUGGCUGCCACCGACUCAUCUGGCCAUGUCUCUCCUUUCAAAUUCUCCAGAAGGGCUACUGGCGACGAAGACGUGCAAUUGAAAGUGUUGUACUGUGGGAUCUGCCACUCCGAUCUACAUUACCUCAAGAACGAAUGGGGCAUCUCUCAAUAUCCUCUGGUUCCAGGGCAUGAGAUUGUGGGAGUGGUAACAGAGGUGGGAAAGAAGGUGAAGAAGGUGAAAGUUGGAGACAAAGUUGGUGUGGGAUGCAUGGUGGGCUCAUGUGGAUCAUGUGAGAGCUGCAAAGAGGAUCUUGAGAAUUACUGCCCCAAGAUCAUCCCCACUUACAGUGCCAAUUACCAUGAUGGAAGCAUCACAUAUGGUGGUUACUCUGAUAUCAUGGUUGCUGAAGAGCAUUUCAUCGUGCGUAUCCCCGACAACAUGCCCUUGGAUUCUGCUGCUCCUCUUCUAUGUGCAGGCAUCACCACCUACAGCCCCAUGAGAUACUUUGGAUUAGACAAACCCGGGAUGCACAUCGGAGUUGUAGGUUUGGGCGGACUAGGCCAUGUUGCUGUUAAAUUUGCCAAGGCUUUUGGUUCUAAGGUCACAGUCAUUAGCACCUCCCCUAACAAGAAGGAUGAAGCACUAUCAAAUUUGGGCGCAGAUUCAUUCUUGAUCAGUAAAGAUGCAGAUGAAAUGCAGGCUGCUAUGGGAACAAUGGAUGGUAUUAUUGAUACAGUAUCAGCUUAUCACCCUUUGAUGCCACUCAUUGGGCUAUUGAAGGCUCAUGGAAAGCUGAUCAUGCUUGGUGCCCCAGACAAGCCUCUUGAGCUACCAGUCUUUCCUCUACUAGCAGGGAGAAAGAUGAUAUCCGGAAGUGGGAUUGGAGGAAUGAAAGAGACGCAAGAAAUGAUUGAUUUUGCAGCAAAGCACAACAUAAAGGCAGAUAUUGAAGUAAUUCCGGCGGAUUACGUGAACACUGCAUUAGAGCGGCUGGCCAAAGCAGAUGUGAAAUACCGUUUCGUGAUAGACGUGGCCAACACCAUGAUACAAUCUUAAGCUGAGGUUUUGGAUGGAAGAGUGUGUUCUGCUUUUGGUUUCAAUAAGAGAUACCCAGUUUACUUGUAUUUUACAAAUAUAGCCAGCUUCAUAUUCGUUGCUUCCUUCAGAUUUUGACUCGUGGUUUCUUGUCUUUAAAUCUUGUACAUGUGUAUUGUGUACACAUAUAUAUACUUUAAUAAAAAUAUAUCAUUAUUAGUUAA